CAAGCGGCUUUUGCUGGAGGACUUUGGAUGGGUGAAGAUUCUGAAUGAGAAUAACUAGGAGUCAGUCCUGCUGCUGCUGCCUGCCGGGGCUAUAUACAAGGAGGAGAUCCCCAUCACAUACAUACUGUAGCUGAGCGCAGAUUACGGGCACCCUGACCUGUACCUGUAUCCGAGAAACUGCCACAUCAGAUCGGAGCAGUUGGAGAUGCCAUGCCGGCUGUUGGUGGUGUUGGUGCUGUGCGCUGGGGUGCAGUGCCAGCUUAGAGGCUUGUUCCCUGCUAUAUUAAACCUUGCCAGCAAUGCAGAAAUCACCACCAAUGCUACAUGUGGGGAAAUGGGACCAGAGAUGUUUUGCAAACUGGUGGAACAUGUGCCAGGAAGGAUAGUACGAAAUGCACAAUGCCGUACCUGUGAUCAGAACAGCGUUAAUCCAAAAGAGCGGCACCCAGUCUCCAAUGCUAUUGAUGGCACUAACGACUGGUGGCAGAGUCCCAGUAUUCAGAAUGGGAGGUUGUAUCACUGGGUCACCAUAACGCUGGAUUUAAAACAAGUCUUUCAGAUUGCAUAUAUUAUCAUCAAGGCAGCAAAUUCUCCAAGACCUGGAAACUGGGUUUUAGAGCGUUCUCUGGAUGGAGUUGAGUUUAUGCCAUGGCAGUAUUAUGCAAUUAGUGACACAGAGUGCCUGACUCGCUACAACGUGACACCAAGACUUGGUCCACCAACAUACAAGAGAGAUGAUGAAGUGAUCUGUACAUCAUAUUAUUCAAGGCUUGUGCCAUUGGAACAUGGUGAAAUCCACACUUCAUUAAUUAAUGGAAGACCAAGCGCUGAUGAUCUUUCUCCAAAAUUGCUGGAUUUUACCUCUGCAAGAUACAUCCGUCUUCGCUUGCAACGCAUCAGAACCCUUAAUGCAGAUCUCAUGACCCUCAGCCACAGAGAUUUAAAGGAUGUGGAUCCCAUAGUGACAAGAAGAUACUUCUACUCUAUCAAAGACAUAUCAGUAGGAGGAAUGUGCAUUUGCUAUGGACAUGCUCGCAGCUGCCCAUAUGAUGAAGUUACCAUGAGACUUCAGUGUCAGUGUGAGCGUAACACUUGUGGGGACAGCUGCAAUGAGUGUUGCCCUGGUUACCACCAGAAUCCAUGGAGACCUGGCACCAUUUCCAUUGGCAAUAAGUGUGAGAAAUGUAAUUGCCACAACAAAGCAGAAGACUGCUACUAUGACCAAACCGUGGCUGAUCAGAAUAUGAGCUUGAAUAUUCAUGAUCAGUAUAUUGGAGGAGGCGUUUGCUUAAACUGCACACAAUACACAGCUGGAAUUAACUGUGAAACAUGUAUUAAUGGAUACUACAGGCCUCACAAGGUCUCCCCUUAUGCAGAAGCACCGUGCCUUCCGUGUGAAUGUGAUCCAUUUGGGUCUCUUAGUCCUGUCUGUGUUGUUGAUGAUAGUCAUUCCAAGCAAGGUGCUCUUCCAGGCCAGUGUCAGUGCAAAGAGGGUUACACAGGCCCAAAAUGUGAUCAGUGUGCAUUUGGAUAUAAGGUAUACCCAAAUUGCCAGCGCUGCAACUGCAGUUUGAUAGGAAGCCUGAAUGAUGAUCCUUGUGCAGAGCAGUGUAUAUGUAAGGAACACGUGGAAGGUGAAAACUGUGAUCGGUGUAAGGUUGGAUACUACAACCUGCAGGAACAGAAUCCAGAGGGAUGUGUUGAAUGCUUUUGCUUUGGUGUGUCCGGUGUCUGCGAUGAGCUUUUUUGGCACACUACUCAGAUGUCUGCUAUAACUGGCUGGCACGUCAGUGACUUGCAUGGGUCUGAAAGAAUUCAGCCACAACAAGACCAGUUUGAUGGUCCUCAUCAAAUAAGCAUCAACAACACAGAAGCCAGGAAGACCCUGCAGUCUGUCUACUACUGGGAUGCGCCAUCAUCUUACCUUGGAAAUAAAUUGACAUCUUUCGGUGGAUUCUUGAGGUAUACAGUAUCUUAUGAUAUUCCUGCGGAAAGUUCAGAUGGUGAACUCAUCUCUAAUGUUGACCUUGUUAUACAGGGAAGUGGCAUAACAAUAGGCACAAAGGCAGAGGGUUUACUGCUGCAGCCAUACGAGGAAUACACAGCUGAGCUAAAACUGCUUCCCGAAUUUUUUUUUGACUUUUAUACCAAGAGGCCUGUGGACAGAGACAGGCUUAUGACUGUUCUUGCUAAUAUAAAUCACCUUUGGAUAAGAGCUAGUUACAACACUGCCAAAAAAUCAAUCAGCAGAUUAAGCUCAGUAACAUUGGAUACAGCAACACCGAAUGUGAUCGACCUCUUGCCAGCAGUACAAGUGGAAAACUGUGAAUGUCCGCCUGGUUACGCUGGAACAUCUUGUGAGUCUUGUAUCCCUGGACACUACCGUGUUGGUGGAACCCUCUUUGGUGGGAUUUGUCAGCCUUGUGAAUGCAAUGGACAUGCGACUGAAUGUGACACCAAUGGUGCAUGUUAUGCUUGCCAACACAAUACUACAGGACCACACUGUGACCAGUGUUUGCCAGGCUUCUAUGGUGACCCGUCUGCUGGCACACCUCACGACUGCCAGCUGUGUGCAUGUCCUUUAAGCAUUUCUGAUAACAAUUUCAGCCCCACGUGUUACUUAUCUACUGACGAGGGUGUGGUAUGUGACCAGUGUCUACCUGGCUAUACUGGAAGACGGUGUGAAAAGUGUGCAAAAGGCUACUUUGGAAAUCCCUCAGUGCCCGGAGGGUCCUGCGUCCUUUGUGACUGUAAUGGCAAUAUAGACCCUUUUGAAGAUGGUCAUUGUGACUCCAUGACAGGAGAAUGUCUUAAAUGUAUUGAUAAUACAGCUGGACGAAACUGUGAAAGAUGUGCAGAUGGAUUCCAUGGAGAUGCACUUUUAGCAAAGAAUUGUACUGCAUGUGAAUGCCACCCGAAUAGCUCCAUCUCUGCCCUUUGCCACCAUGAAACUGGCUUAUGUGACUGUAAACCAAAUGUGUUUGGAAAACAAUGCGACCAGUGUGAACCUGGAUUCUACGGUCUGACAUCUGGUCUUGGCUGCCUUCCAUGUAACUGUAGCCAAUCAGGUUCAAUCUCUGAAGUGUGCAAUGAUGCCGGACAGUGUACAUGUGUUAUCGGAGUGGCAGGGGAUAAAUGUGACAUCUGUGCUCAUGGGUUUUAUGCAUACAAGGAUGGUGGCUGCAUACCUUGUGACUGUGAGCACACACAGAAUAACUGCAACCCACAGUCUGGAGAGUGCGUCUGCCCACCCCACACGCAUGGGCCAAAAUGUGAAUACUGCGAUGCCAGCUUCUGGGGCCAUGAUCCUGAACUUGGGUGUUUGGCCUGCAAUUGCAGCAAUGAUGGGUCAUCCAGUCUCCAGUGUGACGUGACCACGGGUCAGUGCCUGUGCAGAGAGGAAUAUGGUGGACAGACCUGCAAUGCUUGUCUCUUUGGAUUUAGAAAAUACCCUAGCUGCAUGGCUUGUGACUGUGAUGUAAAAGGCACUCAGUCUGCAUGGUGUGACGAUGAACAAAUGAUGUGCAGCUGUGAGGAAGACACCGGUGCCUGUGCUUGCAAGGGCAAUGCAGUAGGAAGUUAUUGCAAUGAAUGUAAAGGUGGCACCUUUGCCCUUCGUGCUGAUAACCCACUCGGUUGUUCUCCAUGUUUCUGUUCUGGGAUGUCUGAGCUGUGUACAGAGAUGGAAGACUACGUUUACAUACCUAUAUCCUUGGUACCUGACCACUCACUGCUCCAUGUUGUAUCUCUGGAUGGUAUGAAGGGAACUACAGAUGGUGUAUUUUCUGAAGCUGUUGAUAUGCUGUUAGAUGCAUCGGUGAUACGGCAGAACCUUUUAUCAGAGAUAUUUUAUUGGCAGUUACCAGCUCAGUUCCUUGGUGAUAAGACAUUGUCUUAUGGAGGGAUAAUGAAGUUUGUUGUUACAUAUUACGCAUUAGCAGAUUCUGGUUCUUCAGAUUUUGAACCACAAAUUAUAAUGAAAGGUGGACAUCUCAGGAAGCGAGUUAUUAGCAUGGACAAGCUAAAUCCUGCAAAUGGAGUGAAGAAUGAGAUACAAAUCAACCUGAGGGAGAAUAACUGGAAAUAUUAUAACUCUGUGUCUAGUGAGUCAGUUACAAGAAUGGAUUUCAUGUCUGUUCUAAGCAACAUUGAUUACAUUCUUAUAAAAGCAUCCUAUGGCUAUGGAUUACAACAGAGCAGGCUAUCAAAUAUCUCUAUGGACAUAGCAGUGGAAGCAUCAGACAUGCAUUCUGGUCAGCAAGCAGCGCACCUUAUAGAGAUGUGUGAUUGUCCUCGUGGCUAUACUGGCCUCUCAUGUCAGGAGUGUGCAACUGGCUACUACAGAGAGAAACUGACAGAGGUGAAUGUACGAGAGGAACAACCGUUAAUCGCCCCAUGUGUACCUUGUCAGUGCAGUAACCACAGUGAGAUAUGUGAUCCACACACUGGAGAAUGCAUGGGUUGUAGAGAUCAUACCGCUGGACACAACUGCCAUGUUUGUGCUCUUGGUUACUACGGCAAAGUGACAGGGUCAAUUUUAGACUGCUCACUCUGUGCAUGCCCCAAAGGCAAUUCCAGAAGUUUUAGUCCAUCUUGUGUACUUGAAGGAGUUAAUGAUUUCCGAUGUGACGCCUGUCUGCCUGGAUAUGAGGGGAAACACUGUGAACAAUGUUCUUUUGGUUACUUUGGCAAUCCAGCUGAGCCUAACGGUGGCUGCCAGUUAUGUGAUUGCAAUCCAAGUGGCUCAUUGAAUAAUCAGUGUGAUAGAGAAACUGGUCAAUGCAUUUGUAAGACGGGGGUGACUGGACGCCUUUGUGAUACAUGUGAAGUAAGGCAUAUUCUGCUGGACCAGCAGUGCAUAUCAUGCGAUGAUGACUGCACAGGACCACUACUUGAUGAUCUGGAUAAUCUGCAUCGCGUCAUUUACUCUGUAAACUACACUGGAAUCAUCACUGUGCCUCAUGGAUUUAUGUUGACUCUGGAAAACAUGAUACUGGAUGAAAAGGAACCUGUCUACAGAAAUGUGGAUGCUCUCCGAAUUCUUGGCAAGUCAGUGGAGCCACAAUUGGCUGUUUUGUCUGAGGACACAGGGCGACUACAUAAGAGGAUGACACAGAUAAAAGUGCAUGGUCAAAGUGUGCAAAAUUCCACCAUUAAGACCAUGAAUAAAAGCCAAGAACUAACAGGAUUUAUUGACAACCUACAUGCAACAAUUAAAGUAAUUAUCAAAAUCACUGAGAGUUUGAAUGAGACGCUUGGCAGUGAUCCCCAACUGUCUGACAGCACAGUACUGGAUUAUCAGGAAGACGUUUCUUCCAAGCUUGAGUCAAUGAGCACAAAAGCCUUUCAUGAACAUUAUCACCAUGCUACCACAAACCUUAAAGUUUCAGAUGACUUACUAACCCUUGUUCGGAAUAAUUACGAGAAGCCACAUCAGGACUUACGGAGGUUGAAGAAGAGUCUUCAAGACAUGUUAUCACAGCGCAACAGCAAAUUGCUUACAGCUAAAGACUUAAUUGGUGAAUCCACAUCAAAUACCAAUAGCACCAACAAUCUUCUGAUUAUCAUCCAAAACAACCUGGAAGACUUCAAAGUAAAAAAAAAGACUCUCCAAGAGAACAAGAAUCAUUCUGAAGUGUUGAUUGAGGAAGGACUUUUGCUGGCUGAAGAGGCAGCUCUGCUUAGAGAUGACGUGAUUAAUGCAACAUCUAUAUUAGAUAUGCACAAAGAAGAGCUGAUCAUGUGGAACACAAAGCUGAGGCACCAUGUAGAUGAGCUGGUUCUGCAGAUGUCCAAGCGAGAUGCUCUUGCCUUGGUCUACAAAGCCGAAAACCAUACAGCCAGUAUACAGAGACAGGCAGAUGCACAAAACAGUUCUCUAUCAGAUAUAAGAAACACUUCGGUAAAUGCCACAACUGCUAUACAAGCUCACUCUGGUAUUAAACAUAUGAUUGAGCAAGCUGAGACAAUGGCGGAGCAGUGUAACUAUACCAUCUCAGAGGCUCUGGCAUUGGUUUCUGGACCAGAGAGAUCUUUAAAGCCCACUUCGGAGAAUUCCAUGAGGAUCAGCACACAACUUCUAGAUGAAUCAAAAAAUUUAAGUCGAAACACAAAAGCAGUUAUGUCUCACUUGAAAGCCUUGAAGACAAAAGUGGAUAAGAUAGAAAACCGUACACGUGCAUUUACUGGACAGAUAGACAAGCAGAUGCGGUCUCUGAGAACCUUGCCAAGUGAUAUAAGUGCUAAACUCCAGGAUGCCAAAGAUCUGGCUUUGUCUGCCAAUGCCAGUGCCACCGGAACCUUAAACCAUAUCAUGAACUUCAACCAAAAACUGACAAAAGAUACAUCUACUUUGUCCAUGGUUAAUGACACACUGCAAAAGACGAACGGGCUUCUGGUUGACUCAUCGAAGACUGCUAUAUCAGCAGAGAAUAGAAUAAAGGAAGUGGAAACACAAGCUAAUAUUUUGCUGGACAGAUUGAAACCAUUAAAAUUGCUUGAGGAGAACCUGAGCAGAAACCUGUCCGAAAUAAAAGAGCUGAUUAAUCGUGUACGGAAACAAGCAGCAUCGAUUAAAGUAGCUGUUUCAGCAAACAAGGAUUGUGUGCGCUCUUACCACCCUGAGAUUCGUUCUUCUAACUUCAAUACUCUAACAUUAAACGUUAAGACCAGUGAGCCAGACAACCUUCUCUUUUACAUGGGCAGUAACACUAUGGCUGAUUUCAUGGCUGUGGAAAUGCGUCAGGGUAAAGUAUCUCUACUAUGGGACGUGGGAAGUGGAGCAACAAGGCUCGAAGACCCAGAUAUCCAGAUAAACAACAAUAAAUGGCAUAAAAUACACGCAACAAGGUUCGGUAGAUCAGGCACAUUGAGUGUUGAAGAAGUCAUCUCAUCUCAGAAAACUUCAGCAAAAACUUCAGCUUCUCCAGGAACAUCAUCCAUUCUCCAUGUGGAUAAUUCCACUCUAAUGUUUGUUGGAGGAAUUGGUGGUGAAAUACAGAAAUCACCAGCAGUCCAAACAACUGAUUUUAAAGGCUGUAUGGGUGAGGCAUCUCUGAAUGGGAAAUCUUUUGGCUUAUGGAACUAUGCGCAGAGGCUUGGAAAGUGUGCUGGAUGCUCUGGAAGUCCUCAGGAUGAAGAUCCUGCUUUCUAUUUUGAUGGCAGCGCGUAUUCCACAGUGGAAAGAUCCCUGCGCUCUACCACUACACAGAUAAUCAUCCAUUUCCGCACAUUCUCCCCAAAUGGUCUACUGCUUUAUCUCGCCUCCAAUGGAACGAGAGAUUUCCUGUCUCUGGAGAUAGUGGAUGGAAAGUUGAGACUUUCAGUGGAAUUAGGUUCGGGUCCUUUGGUCCUGACAACAGAUGGUCGUUACAAUAAUGGAGAGUGGUAUAAAGUUGUCUUUAAUCGAAACAAAAAGCUGGGUACUCUAAUUGUCAUGGAUUCCUACAACUCCAGCCAGAGAGAAAGCAAACAGGGAGAAGCCCCUGGUAUUGCUUCAGACCUUAACAGGUCAGAUAAGGAUCCCAUAUAUAUUGGUGGGCUUCCUAGUUCCAGGGUUAUCAGGCGACAACUAAGUAGUAGAUCCUACGUUGGCUGCAUUAAGAACUUGGAGAUUUCACGCUCAAACUUUGACUUGGAAAAAUUUGGUUAUGAUGUGCAAAAAGGAUGCAAAAUAGAGCCUGCUCAGAGUGUAACUGUCCUAAAUGAUGGCUACGUGGAAAUGUUGCCUGUGUCCUUGUCACCUGAAUCCGAGCUUAUGGUGUCAUUUUCCACACUCAAUGAGACAGGAAUUAUCUUGGCUGGUUUUGGCAAGGCAGUAAAGACCCGCAGUCGCAGACAGUCUCAACUGCCAUUUUUUGCUAUUAUGCUGGUAAAUGGCCACGUUGAACUACAUGUAAAUGCUAUGAACGGAGUUAACACGAAAAAAGUCAUAGUCAAAUCACCUACCGGAAUAUUUAGUGAUGGACAAGAACAUUCUAUUAUUAUUCUUCGUAACAAAAGACUUAUAAGUGUGCAAGUGGAUGAAGGGAAACCAGCAGAACUGAAGCUAAAUCCAUCUGUUGAGUUGAUCCCCCUAAAUGCUUCUAGUUUUUUCAUUGGUGGAGUUCCUGGCAAAAUGGCGGCCACCAUGCUGAGAACAAGCCAAUCGUUCUAUGGAUGCAUUCAAAAUUUGAUUGUAAAUAUGAAACAAAUUAAUUUCACCACCGUUAUAAAGUAUGAGAAAGUUCAAAUGGAUAGCUGCAUGCUAUCAGAGAGAACUAAGCCCACUGCCAGUGCUGCGGAACAGGAAGUACAGCCAUCGGCUAUUCCUGCUGGGUCUAUCACGUUAAAGAACGCAAUUGUGACCACACCAAUACAGAGAUCCCAUGCCACAAAGCCAUUACAGUGUGCCCAGGAUGUACUGCCAGGUCACGUGACCAAUGCCCACCAGUUCGGUCUUACAACUGGAAGCCAUAUCAUUUUGCCAUUUGACCAAUCUACAGUCAGAAGAAAGCUGUCUGUCCAGCUGACCCUGAGGACAUAUGCCACCAGUGGUCUCAUCUACUACAUGGCUCACCAGAACCAGGUGGACUAUGCUGUACUUCAGCUUCAUGAAGGGAAACUGCAUUUCUUGUUUGAUAUGGGAAAGGGGCGGACUGAGACUAUCCAUUCAGCUGUUAUCAGUGAUGGGAAAUGGCACACGAUUGCCACUGAAUACAUCAAAAGAAAAAGCACCAUUACUGUAGAUGGCCAGGAAUCUGCGUCUGUCACUGCGCCUGGUGACAGUAACACCCUGGAUGUGGAGGGAAAGCUGUACCUGGGUGGGCUGCCACCAACAUAUACAGCUAAGAAGAUAGGGAAUGUGACACACAGCAUUCCAGCAUGCAUCAGCAACGUUACUAUUAACAGCAAGCAAGUGGAUAAGGAGGGGCCCCUGUCCAUACUGGCUGUGAAUAAAUGUUAUACCACUGCACAAGAGGGAACCUAUUUUGAUGGGUCUGGAUUUGCUACUUUAGUUAAAGAGGGUUACAAAGUGCGGUCAGAUCUGAAUAUAACGCUAGAAUUCCGCACUACUGCCACGAGUGGGGUUCUCCUUGGAGUAAGUAGUGCUAAGGUGGAUGCAAUUGGCCUGGAGAUAGUAAACGGCAGGGUUUUGUUCCAUGUAAACAAUGGUGCUGGAAGAAUAACAGCAAUUUAUAAGCCAGAAGAAGCCAGCUCACUGUGUGAUGGGAAAUGGCAUCGGAUUCAUGCCAAUAAGAUUAAACAUAGGAUUGUCCUAACAGUGGAUGGGAACACAGUUCUGGCUGAGAGUCCUAAUGUCCAGUCAACCUCUGCAGAUACGAAUAAUCCAGUUUUUGUUGGUGGCUAUCCAGCUGAGGUGAAGCAAAACUGCCUGACCAGCCAGACCUCAUUCCGGGGAUGCAUAAAGAACAUGGAGCUGGUGAAGGGGACACAGACAGAAGCCAAUGACUUUAGCAAAGCAUUUGACAUGCGUGGAGUCUUCCCAUACUCUUGUCCAGGAACAGAAUUAUAGCAGGAGACAUAUUGCUGACACUAGGCCAUUCAUAUAGACAAAAAGUAUAUUUAUACAAACAAGUGAUGUUAUCUCACACGAUAUACACUCAGUACAUGCAUUGUGAGGCUGUGAGAUUGAUUUCCUGACACGGGCUUAUUGUAGGCUCUGUGAUGGAACAACCACACACAGUACAAUAGCAUAGCAUUAUUUGAUAUUACUGCACAAGGUUUAAUUACUGUAUACCCAAAGGUGUGUUAUUGAGACAUUGUAACACAUUUCCAACUCAGGAACAACAAUUUCCAUUAACUGUUUAACUGAAAGAUGUGUGUACAACAAAUACCUCCAGUGCCAUAUUGUUAGCAUUACAUAAUAUUCUAUUACUGUGUCCAUUCAUGUGUUUGCUGGAUGAUGCUGAAUAAUUGACAGUAUUUGAAUUAUUUUUUUCAGUGUUAAUCAUUCUACAACUUCUCAUAUGUUUCUGACUUUUUUUUAUUCAAUUAAACAUCCCAGAUUUAUUUUA